AAAACCAGGAAAUCACACAUGACAUUUCGCGAAAUGAGGUUAGCCACUGUAGUUACGCACCUGUCCUCCAAAGAAAAAUAAAUCCCAUGUUUUCGUGAAGAGAUGUCGAGGAACUUGACGUGGUGUUUAGUGCAAAAUCUUCUUCGGCAGAAUAGCUACCGGUGUCUAAGACAAUUACCCCAAGAAACAGUCCGACGUUUCAAACACGCGGCGAUUACUCCUCGUCCAGAGCAAACAGAAAACACACACUCCAUUGAUUACCAUGAAGUCAAAACAUAUCAGGAGUUCCUGGAGGAGAGCAAUACAGGGGCGAAAACAUCUGUGAAGGUUCUUAUGAGUCUGCUGGGGAUUCAACGAGAUACUGCUGUUCAAUUUACGAAGCAAUGGAAAAUAUUUAAUCAUCUGACUAAGCCCGCAAUCCUCAAGAAUUAUCAGUCACUUCGUGACGCGGGUGUCUUUAAAUCAACAAUCAGACAUAAUGUUCAUGCACUAGCUGAUAGGCCUAGCAAUGUCCAGACGAAAAUAAAAAGUCUCACGAAGAUGAAGCUCGAGGUCAAUUAUGGGGUUCCCUUGUUUCAACUGAAUGCGAUGCAACUGUUAGCACUCGCUAACAUCACCACGAACGAUAGAAUUAUUACUCCUAAUUAUAGGAAUAGAAUCGAAUAUUUGGCUGACACAUUUAAUUGCCACUUGAGUACAAUGUGUACUAUUUUGUGUAGUCACCCACAGAUGCUCACAUUCAACAUGGAGAAAAUUGUAGGAAUUACUAAUUUUUUACUGGACGAGAUGGGUAUGAAACGAGAACAUUUACUUAAUGACCUUGUCAUUUAUCGUUAUGCGCUUCCAAACAUAAAGGAGAGGAUGUAUCGAGCUAAAAAUGUCGGGAUGACAAAUAUGAAGCCGUGGGUAGUUCGAUGUCCAAUUGCAUAUAUUGAGAAACUCGAGGAGAAGAGGCAAAACUGGGAUGAGAUAGUAGGACCUGGACGAACCUUCGAGGAGCACCUCAGUAAAAUAAUGAACUGCAAUGUGGAGGAUGCAACCUGUCUAGUUCGUCAUUACCCGGAUAUGAGAAGCAUCUGCAUCAAGAAGAUUACGCAAACGCUUCAAUUUUUAGCUGGUGUCGGCUACACAAUUCAUGACGUGUACCGUACACCAUCAAUCAUGUAUAAAUCUGAAGACACUAUAACGUACAAAUACCAACGCUGGGUGAAUGCUGGCCUUGAAUAUACCUCGCUCAGGAUCCUCAAUUUAUCUGAAAAGCGUUUCGAGGAGAAAUUGCAAGAGGAGAUUUCGAAGAAAGUUACCUCCGAAAUUGCUUCAUGAUUUUAUGUAAAAUUUCGACUAUUACUAUUAUCAAAAAAUAAAUUGAAAUUUCUCUACA